CCUUUAAAAUCCUUAUUCUAUUUUAACUUCUGCAGUGAUGGCUCCACAAUGCAUCUACCCCGAAGAUCAGGAAAUUUCUUGCUGAAUCACGAAAGAGGGCAGUUUCGUUCGGCCAGUCUGUCCUCGACCUCCCUAUUUUCUGCAGCUUUGCGUACUCCCGUUCCAAUGUAACCUUUUGAUAAUCAUUAUCUUAUGUACGCCUCAUAAUUACUAUCAGCAUAUGGAAUAUUAGAACAAUUAUGGUCCCCCAAAGAACCCGCCCUUAUCUUCUUGGUGCGUUUGUCGCCCUCGUGUUCAUCACUCUUAUCUCUCUCCAGCCUCGUCAGGAAUCACCACAAACCUCAACAUGGUUAGACUACUCAGAUAAGUCAUCUUCUGAUAUCCGCAACUACGUAUCCGCCACUUCCGAUCAGAAGCUUAUACCGGCCGACACCAUUUCGGAGAUAGGUCGAGCCAGUAAUGCGACGCUUGGUUUCGAGAAAGUAGUGGUCAUAGGGCUGAGAGAACACUCAGAUACACGGGAUGCAAUAGUAUUAUCUGCGUCUCUAACGGGAUUCGAGAUACAAUUUGUAGAUGGAAUCAAAAGUGAUGAAGUGGUCGAUAAGGCCAAGCCGCCGGUACAUUUUUUGAAUGGAGGAGCGAUGGGUCCUUGGCGGGGUCACAUGAAUGUGAUACGAAGCAUCGUAGAAAAUAAACUUGCUUCAGUAUUUAUCAUGGAAGACGAUGUUGACUGGGAUAUCCGGCUCCGAACCCAACUCCCCGAACUCGCCAAGGGGAUCCGCACUCUAUCACACAUCCCACUUUCUCAACGUCAACAUUCCCCCUAUGGUGAUGACUGGGAUAUGUUAUGGUUAGGUCACUGUGGCGAAGAACUUCCCUCUGCUUUCCACAAAGGGAAAAAGGAUGAGAUCUACAGAAUUGACAACGACGAAACCGUUGCUCCUAAAUCUUCUCAACCAUAUCUUCAAACCCUCGCAGAUUAUCCCGAAAGAACCCGUAUAGUUCAUAAAGCUGGUUCUCCCAAAUGUACGUUGGGAUAUGCAGUUUCUUAUCGUGGAGCUCAGAAGAUUCUUAUGGCUGCGGUAAAAGGUGGUAAUAAUCUUCCUGUUGAUAAUGCACUUGCGUCGCUUUGUCGUGAUGGUUACUUGGAUAUGAAAUGUUUCUCAGUGGAACCUCAGAUAUUUCAAUAUUACAAACCGCCUGGAUUGACGGACAAGGAUAAUAAUGUUAAUAGUGUUGAGAAGGGAGAUGUGCAAGGUACAAAGGAGAAGGGAAUCAAAAGUAUGAUCGUUUGGAGUACGAGGUUAAAUCUGGAGCAUUUGAUCAAGGGGAUGAAGGAUUAUGUUACCCAAUAGGGACCCAAUAGGGGAGAACAAGGGCCAUUUUGAUAUUUUGGUUUGACUUUGAAGGAUUGGUCUUUGGGGCGUUGGGAUACAGGAUAAUGACAUGAACUGGCACGAUUUGAUAGAAAUUCGUAUUCAAUAAUUUUGAGGGCAUAUUACGAGAAGCUUGGUUUAUAAGGAUAAAUAGUAUUCACUCUUGUGAUAAUAUUUUCAUUAUAGCAUA